UGCACGACAUUUGAAACAUUAGCAGGGACCUGGACAAUCAAAUGUCCAUGCCCACAUGCUUGACGGGAUGAUGCGUGGUCUCUUGCCACUGCGGAGUGCUUCCGAACCGCGGUUAUGGAGUUUCCGAGGCGGAUCUAAGCCGACGACGGAUAACUUCUCCUCUCCGGAUAUAACAAUUCCUUUUUCUUUCUAGAUCCUUACCCGACUGUCAUACAUCAUCCCAAAAUGCUCCGCCCAGUAUAUAGACAUGCCUCCAGGCAAUUGCGCACCCCGGCCCCGAUCGCAGCUAUCAGGAAGCGAAAUCUACAUGCUCCCGUGGCCUUUGACUGGCAGGAUCCACUCAAGGCAAACGACCUAUUGACCGAAGAAGAGCAAGCCAUUUCCGAGACUGCGGAGUCAUAUUGCCAGGAGCGCAUGCUCCCAAGAGUGCUAGAGGCAUACCGCAAUGAAGACUUUGACAGGAAAAUCAUUCAAGAGAUGGGCGAGCUCGGCCUUCUUGGUGCAACUAUCAAAGGCUAUGAGUGUGCCGGCGUCAGCAGUGUGGCCGGUGGUCUGAUCACCAGAGCAGUCGAAAGGGUUGACUCAGGGUACCGUUCGGGUUACUCUGUCCAGAGCUCGCUUGCUAUGGGUGGCAUUGAAGAGUUUGGGUCUGAAGAACUCAAAGAACGUCUCCUACCAAAGAUGGCAAAGGGUCAAUUGCUGGGUUGCUUUGGUCUUACUGAGCCUAAUCACGGAUCAGACCCUGGGUCCAUGGAGACGAUUGCAAAGGAGCACCCGUCAAAGAAAGGCUACUACUCGCUAUCCGGUUCAAAGACGUGGAUUACAAACUCGCCCAUUGCCGAUGUCCUGCUCGUGUGGGCAAAACUAGAAAGCACAGGCAAGAUCCGGGGGUUUGUCAUUGAGCGCGACCAGUGUCCACCAGGUACUCUUGAAACCCCACCAAUCAAGAAUAAGAACGGACUGCGAGCAUCCAUCACUGGCAUGAUUCAGCUUGAUGAAUGCCCAGUUCCCGAGGCAAACAUGUUUCCAGAGGUGGAGGGGCUGAAAGGGCCCUUUAGCUGCCUAAACUCGGCAAGAUAUGGUAUCGCGUGGGGUACUAUGGGUGCCUUGGAAGACUGCAUCGCUAGAGCACGCACAUAUGCACUAGAGAGGAAGCAAUUCAAGAACAACCCAAUUGCCAAAUACCAGCUUGUGCAGAAGAAGUUAGCUGAUGCUACGACCGAUGCUGCGUAUGGAAUUCUCGCGGCUCAUCAGGUUGGACGACUCAAGGAUGAGGGCAAGGCUGCACCCGAGAUGAUUUCCAUGAUUAAGAGACAGAACUGCGAUCGUGCCUUGGUCAACGCUCGGACACUACAGGAGAUUUUUGGCGGAAACGCAGUCUCAGACGAAUACGGCAUCGGACGGCACGUUGCCAAUCUGUUCGUGACGCAGACGUAUGAAGGACAGAGCGAUAUCCACUCGUUGAUUCUAGGUCGAGCAAUUACCGGCCUGCAGGCGUUCUGUUGAUUAGGGUAUCUUAUUGUAAAUCAUCAUGCUUGGCUUGCUUUGACGUUGCUGCACGACCAAAAUGUUUACGCAGAGGUAUCAUCCAACUACAUGUAGCAUAGCGUAUAGGGAAAUGGUGUUUGUUUGGAGGUAUGCAGUAGUAGUAGUAGAGGCAUGCCAGACCCUGAGGCGACGGACGCUCGCCUCGAACGCAGCAAGUAUCAUAUCCUGACUCCUUGUGGCCACAGCGCAGGUCGCCACUAC